AUGAUCGGAAAUUACUGCAAUAUUUCCAAUGGUACCAGAGUAUGCUCUAGACAUUUUAGUGAAGAGGACUAUCUUGCACCUGAUAAUGCAGGACGGYGAAUGCUGAAGGGGGGAUCUGUGCCAUCAAGAUUUGACUGGUCUUCUCAGCCGAAAUCAAGGAGAAAGAUUKUAUGACAUACAGACAGAGAUACUCAGACAGAUGAAUCUGAGUCAGAUUCAGAACCCAUGUCUAGCUCUGACUUAAUGCAGGAGGAGAUUACAAGUCUUAAAGCUGAAUUACUUGCAACUAAAGAACUGUUAAUGAAAAGCCAAAGUGAAACUGUAGCUGCCAAGGAGAAAAUCUUAGAGGUAGAAGGAGAGGCUAGAAAGAUAAAAGCAGAGGCAAAGAAAGAGAUUGAAGAAUUGAAGAGGGUAGCUGCAGAACAGUUUGCUGUACACAAAUUUGGGUUGGAGAGAUUCUCAUGUGACAAAGAUUCAAUUAGGUUUUAUACAUCCUUUCCUUCGUAUGAUCAAAGAUUUUUCCAUAAGAUUGACAGUAUUAAGAAGUACCACCGCUUCAGGUUCACGAAGAAUGAACCUGGUGUUGUUUACGUCAAAGAGUACGUAUCGUYAGAGGAAAAACGGCCGACUCUCACCAAUAASUGGARGGAUGUACCAGCAAGAACACCGCCAGUUAUUACUCCAAGCGGGUUAGACAGCAACAGGAAGAGCUAUCUCUAUCGAGAAAUAAGACAAUUUUGUAAACCAGGGACGGAAGAUCUUGUUGCUCCUGCCCCAUUGACAGGAGAUCUUUAA